AUGUCAAAUGGGAACGAGUCCUGCAUGUUCAGAGAUGGAGCCGAGUUUGUGGCCUGCAUCUUUCACGCAUUUGAGGAAUGGUCAGGACUAGGACCCCUGGAAGACUAUCUGAGCUAUCUGGAGUACCUGGCCUGGGUUUUCACCCCUCUGGUCGUUGUUUUCAUCCUGCCCUUCCUCAUUGUGAUCCUCCUCUACUUCUCCAUCCUCUUCCUCCAUGUGUACAAACACAAGAACCAGCUCAGGGAGGCCUACUCCAACAACCUGUGGGAUGGUGCUAGGAAAACUCUGGCAACGUUGUGGGAUGGCCACGGGUUCAUAUGGCACGGUAUUUAUAUAUAUAUAUUUAUAUAUAUACAGUGAGCUCCAAAAGUAUUGGGACAGUGACAAUUUUGUUGUUGUUUUGGCUCUGUACUCCAGCACUUUAGAUUUGAAAUGAUACCAUGACUAUGAGGUUGAAGUGCAGACUGUCAGCUUUAAUUUGAGGGUAUUUUCAUCCAUAUCGGGUGAAGCCAAGGUAUUUACCUCCCCUACACCGCUAAUGAUGACAGAUGGUGUCAUCUUUGAAGCUUUAACAUGCGUCGCCGAUCUGCUGCCUGGGAGGGAGGCUAAGGUUGUCAGGCGGGGCCCCUAGGUGCCGCAGUGCCACUAUGUAAGCCAUGAUGGGUGUGUUACAGUGUUUAGGGAUGGAGAUGUAUAGAGUUGUCCUCUUUUUCCCCAUCUCUGUAUUCUCACACCUCUGUAGUCUCACCUGCCUGUCAAUCAGUCAUGGGACAUGGAUUCAUUUUCCUCAAUGAUUGGGUCCAUAGUUACAGUGAGCUCCAAAAGUAUUUGGACUGUGACCUGUUUUGUUUUGGCUCUGUACUCCAGCACUUAGGAAUGAUACAAUGACUAUGAGGGUGAAGUGCAGACUGUCAGCUUUAAUUUGAGGGUAUUUUCAUCCAUAUCGGGUGAACCGUUUAGAAAUGACAGCACUUUCUGUACGUAGACCCCCCAUUUUAGGGGGCCAAAAAUAUUGGGACAAAUUCACUUAUGUGUCUAUUGAAGUAAUCAAAAGUUUAGUAUUUGGUCCCAUAUUCCUAGCUCGCAAUGAUUACUUCAAACUUGUUGGAUGCAUUUGUUGUUUGUUUUGGUUGUGUUUCAGAUUAUUUUGUGCCCAAUAGAAAUUAAUGGUAAAUAAUGUAUUGUGCCAUUUUGGAGUCACUUUUAUUGUAUAAUAUAAUAUAAUAUGUUUCUAAACACUUCUACAUUAAUGUGGAUGCUACCAUAUUCCUUUUCUUGACAGGAUAUGAAAUCCAUGGUAUGGAGAAGAUUCCAGAUGAAGGAGCAGCUCUUAUAGUCUAUUAUCAUGGGGCUAUUCCCAUUGACUAUUAUUACUUUCUGGCAAAUGUAAUCAUUCAGAAGGGACGUAUUGUUCACUCAGUCGCUGAUCACUUUCUGUUCAAAGUUCCAGGUAAGAUCUUCACAGAUCCAUUUCCCAGUAUCUAAAUAUAAAGGUGGAGAUGUUUUAUUCAGGAUAUGUUCCCUCUAUGUAGUUGGACAAUUCAGUGUACUGUAUGUAGCCUACAGCUGCCUUAGUCUAUUCUUACUACAUGAGAUACUAAGGCUGCGUUUACACUGGCAGCCCAAUUCUGAUCUUUUUUUCAGUAAUUGGUCUUUUGACCAAUCCGAUCAGCUCUGAAAAAGAUCUGACGCAAAAUAUCUGAUGUGGGCCCCGUGUAGCUCAGUUGGUAGAGCGUGGCACUUGCAACGCCAGGGUUGUGGGUUCGAUUCCCACGGGCGGCCAGUAUGAAAAAAAUAAUAAUUAUGUAUGCACUCACUAACUGUAAGUCGCUCUGGAUAAGAGCGUCUGCUAAAUGACUGAAAUGUGAUUGGUCAAAAUACAAAAAAAAUGAAAAAAUAGCAGAAUUGGGCUGCCUGUGUAAACGCAGCCUUGGACACUAAAAGCAUGACCUGGUAUUCUUCUCUGUAGGGUUCAAGCUGCUGUUGGAGGUGUUCAGUGUGAUCCAUGGGCCCCAGGAGGAGUGUGUGAAGGCCCUGAAAAGUGGCCACCUCCUGGGCAUCUCUCCUGGAGGCGUGAGGGAGGCCCUCCUCAGUGACGAGACCUAUCCACUUGUCUGGGGGAAGAGAAAGGGCUUCGCACAAGUGGCUAUCGAUUCCAAAGUGGUACAUAUUGUUUUUUGUCUCCUUCUGUCUUUGUUCCCAAAUGGCACCCUAUUCCCUAUAUAGUGUACUACCUUUAACCAGAGCUCUAUGGUGGUCUGGAGCCCUAUAGGUAAUAGGGUGUCAUUUGGAGACAGACGCAGUGCAUGUCACUUUCCUCUUACAAAGGAGCAUCACUUAAAUGUUUGUCUUUAUAUUUUUUAGCCAAUAAUUCCAAUGUUUACUCAAAACGUCAGGGAAGGAUUCCGAUCUCUCGGCGGGUUAAGUAAGUAUGCUUAACUAUUCAUUUUAAUUACAGUGUAACUAAUAGAAGCGCAUAAAUUAACUUCAAAAUGUUAUAUUUCUCAGGCUUUUUCAGAUGGUCGUAUGAAAAGUUCCGCAUGCCUAUGGCCCCUGUCUAUGGAGGUUUUCCUGUGAAGUUUCGUACAUACUUAGGUGACCCCAUCCCAUAUGACCCUAACAUUAGUGCAGCAGAAUUAGCUGAAAAGGUAAGACAUUAUGCAACUGUGGCAUAUAUCUGUAAUUCAAUGGCUACUUACUGUCUGAAAUGUAGUGCACACAAAAGUCAAAUGAUUGGGAAAGAUGGGGUCGGAGUGAAUUUUCCUAAUCUUUCUUUCUGAUUUGCAGACCAAGCAAGCAGUUCAAGCACUCAUUGACAGACACCAAAUCAUUCCUGGGAAUGUCCUUCGAGCAUUACUAGAGCGAUUCCACAGCAGGCAUAAAGAAAAAUAG